GCAGUCUGCAUAUGUUUCUUCGUCGCUCGUUGUUUGCUUGAGUGCACGUUUGGUCGUUCGCUUCUUUAUAUCGGAUUCUGAUUUUCAGAUGAUAUUUUCGAUCGAAAGUCGUCGUCGACGCUAUCAGAAGAUUCUUUGAGGUUCCGCCACCAAACAGAAAAUCGUGUCCAAGACGACUUUCCAUCAACACAACCAACCCCGACCUCACCAACGACAAUCUUCAUCCAAGUCACGUCUUUCGAGCAAGUCUUCACAAGCAAAAUGAGGCCCCAAACCCCUCCAUCGUCGAACCUGACGUCCAAACCCCCAAUCAUCAACCACGCAACGACGCUCAUCCUCCUCCUAAACCUAACUCUUCUCCUCUCGCUCGUCCUCUCCUCCCUCAACGCCAGCUACUUCUACGCUUCCCGCACAGCCGGAGAGCUCGAUUGUCUCGCCACACACUUCUCCUCCCAAUCGCUCUCAGCAAAUCCCUUCCCUUACUCCUCGCAUGCGCAAGUCCCGCCGACCUCCUCACCAAACCCCGCGACUUUCGAGGCAGGCAAACUGUUCAUAGGAAGCAAGACGAUGGAAAAGGCAUUAGAGUACAAAUGUCGGUAUCCAUGCUAUUCCACCUUCGGGCUCUGGAUAGGAAACAAAGGCAUCGGCGCGCAGGGCUGGGAAGCUAAUGGAUGUGAGCGCGUGCACAACAUUUGCAAGGCGCCGUUGAUGAGAGGUAAAGUUGGACUGUGGGCUGCGGUCGAGGAUUGGUGGUUUGGGCUGUGAGGCUUGAUGUCAUUAUGGAGAUUGCGCGCGAGGAACAUGGUUGGUGGUGUGUUAUGAGUGUACAGGGAACCCAUUGCUAGAGAUAGCUAGCUUCA